CUGCACUACGGGACCCUCCUGGGCAGCAGGGCUUGUGCCCACAUGGCAGCAGCUGCCUGGGCCAGUGGCUUUCUCUAUGCUCUCAUGCACACAGCCAAUACAUUUUCCCUGCCCCUGUGCCAUGGCAAUGCCCUGGGCCAGUUCUUCUGUGAAAUCCCACAGAUUCUCAAGCUCUCCUGCUCACACUCCAAACUCGGGGAAGUUGGAUUCCUUGCUGUUGGCUCCUGUUUAGCUUUUGGUUGUUUUGUGUUCAUUGUUUUCUCCUAUGUGCAGAUCUUCAGGGCUGUGCUAAAGAUCCCCUCUGAGCAGGGACGGCACAAAGCCUUUUCCACCUGCCUCCCUCACCUUGCCGUGGUCUCCCUAUUCCUCUGCACUGGCACAUUUGCCUACCUGAAGCCCCCUUCCAUCUCGUCCCCAUCCCUGGAUCUGGCCCUGUCAGUUCUGUACUCGGUGGUGCCUCCAUUCCAGCGGCUGCUCUGGGAAGGUGCCUCCAGACCGUUCCAGUACGAAUGUCCCCAUCUCCAUGGUGAUGUGGUGGCCAUCAUCCCCACGUCCCUCCUGAUGCCACCACCACGUGUCUCCUGA